AUGAUCCCAAUGUUUGGCCCAUUCCGUGCUCAUUGCGCCCACAUUCCCCCCCACCCAGUUUCUCCACUGGGAAAUUGCGCAGUGGCUGUGGAACCGCGCCCAGAGGCCGAGAGGCGAAGCUCCUUGGGAUCGCUGCACGGCCGGCUAUGUGGAAGGCCGCCGCGCUCGCGCUUGCCAUCUUCUGCUGCCUUUGGGCGGCCUCCCGGGGGUGAGUCCCGCGAUCUGCGCGCCAUCGCCCGCGAUAAAGUGCCCACCCCCCCCGCGACGUGUCCACUGACUCCCCUCCUUCGAUCUCGCCCCCCGCCCAGCGGCCGCGACUACUACGACCUGCUGUCGGUGCCGCGCGCGGCCAGCCAGGACCAGAUCAAGCGGGCGUACAAGAAGCUCGCGCUGACGCACCACCCGGACAAGGUGAAGGGCAGCAAGGAGGACAAGGAGCGGGCGGCACAGAAGUUCCAAGAGAUAAGCAGCGCGUACGAAGUCCUUUCCGACCCCGAGCAGCGCCAAAUUUACGAUCGAUACGGGGAGGAAGGCCUCAAACAACGCAGCGGAGGGGGUGGGGGCAGCGCAUCGGACAUAUUCAAAACAUUCUUUGGCGGCUUUGGUGGCUUUGGAUUCAAUGAAGAAGAGGAAGACCAGGUCAGGAAGGGCAACGAUGUGUACAGUGAGGUGGAUGUGACACUUGCUGAUCUGUAUGUUGGAAAAGAAAUCAAGGUUGUCAGAGAUAAAAAUGUUAUCAAACCAGCAGCUGGCACCCGCAGUUGCAAUUGCAGGCAGCAGUUGGUCACUCAGCAGCUGGGUCCAGGGAUGUUUCAACAGUACAGCAAGCAGGUAUGUGAACAAUGUCCAAAUGUGAAGUAUGUCCGGGAAUCAGAGGUGCUCACAGUCCGGGUGGAGCCAGGCAUGAAGCAUGAACAGGAAAUAUCAUUUUUUGAGGAAGGUGAACCUGCCAUCGAUGGAGAGCCUGGCGAUCUUAAGUUUGUCCUCAACGAGCUGCCCAACGAAUUGUUUGUCAGAGAUGGCAACAACCUGUGGCACAACACAAGUAUCUCUCUCGUUGAGGCGCUGUGUGGAUUCUCCAAGGAGAUUACCCAUCUGGACGGCCACAAAGUGGUGCUUUCGUCCAACGAGGUGACGCGUCCAGGGCAAGUCCGACAAAUCCCCAAGGAGGGCAUGCCCCUGCUUGACGACGAGCUCAAUCAUGGCAGCUUGUUCGUCACGUACACGGUGGAUUUCCCUCAGCAGCUGACAGAGGAUCAGAAGGCGUCUGUCAAACAGACAUUCUCGCUGCCUACUGUGUGA